AUGGAAGGCGAAGGGGAAGUGAAAAAUGAGGGAAAUUUGUUGGGUGGUGUUACUUCUGCUCCAGCAACGGAAAAAGAGCCUUCUAGAGUUAAUGGCCAUUCUACUCUUAAGCCAGAGAAAAUGCAAUCGUUGACCGAUAGCAGAUUAUCCAAGCUUGAGGCGAUGAUGUUUAAAUUACUGCAAUCAGUCGAGUUGUUGGUCGAGUCCUCGAUUGUUGCGCAAGGGAAAACCGAUCUUCAAGCCGCCGCCACCACCAGUCGCUUGACGGAUAAACUACACUCAAGGGAAUCAUUGCCAACAGAUUCGUCAAAGAAAUCCCGGACGGGCGAUCUGACCAACACUACCAGCACAGUGCCAACCACGGCUGAUCUCGAUAAGCAUGGAGAACACUAUGUCGGAACCCACUCCAUAUGGUGCAUGUUUUCCAAAGAAUCGCUCGAUUGGAUGGAAGGCACAAUCGGAAAGGGAGGUGCCGAUUUCAUCACCCCCGUGAGAAACCUCCCCAUUCUUUUCCACAUGAAAUGCAAACUGUUUGUUCAGAAAUGGAUAGACCCCCCACUUGUGGACCAGAGGCAGAAAAUGGAAUUAUUAGAAACUCCUUUUUUACUGGAUCCAAAGACAUUGAUUACCGAAUUGAUAUCCGUCCACUACAAGGAUGCAACAGUGGUGAAAAUGCUCGUGGGAGUAAGUCGCUUAAAGGAUAUGUUUGAUGAUUAUUAUCGCAAAAAAAGGAAAUUUAAGGUAUCGGAAUUCUUGAUAAUGACCUCGUGCUUGCUCGUGAGUCUGGUGGUUAAGAUUGAGAAAAGAGUCGAUCGAGAAACCGAUAAAUACUUGCGUCAGUUGCAGCGCAAAUGGCUCGACAAUGCCAUCUUCUAUUACCAGAGAUUGAAUGUUGUUAGCGACGGAAUUGAAACCAUCGAGGCGAUACUGUUGUUGAUUGUUUAUCUCGAGUCUAGCUGGAUCACUGGCCAUUUUAACUAUAUCCCCCUCACGGUUGCCAUACGGUAUGCUCAAGAAAUGGGGUUCCACCGCUCAGAAUCGCUCCAAAAUCUUGACUUGAAAGAGCAAGAACGAAGAAGGUUGCUUUGGUGGUUUUGCCAGUUUUUGGACACCGAGAUGUGCUUCAAAACUGGUAAGCCCCCGGCGAUCAACGUUGAAGAUGUCUCCACCAACGCCGAUGUCGACAUGUUGAGGUUUUGCAUUGCCGGGGCGGGCAGCAUUUCCCAUGGCACCGGCAGCGAAGAAGAAGAAGGAGCCAAGAAAGACCGUGCCUUGUGCGAUCUAGCCGCGAGCGAGGCAUUAUUCGGAGACGAGUCUCAACCACUUCGUUUGCGUUUGUUGAAGGAAAUGAGAAACAUAUGCGAUGACCAGCACUACUACUAUUUCUUCUCCUUGCUAUUGACGCGAAUAAGAUCAAAAUCGUACCACCUAUUAUUUUCCGCUUCGGCUCAACUAUCCGACUUCCGCUCCUUGUCAAACACACUAAAUGAAUUGAAUCGAGAAACGUUUGAAUUAGGGAUGUGGUCGCAUGAGGAUGACAGGCCACGAUUUUACAAUGAACGCGAGUUUAAAUUCAUGGACUCAACUUGGUCGACAGACAAGCGGGAGUUUAUCUUGUCAAACUCGUUGAUUUAUUUCUCGCACUUGAUGAUUAUAAACCGAGUCCCCUUUAUGGUGCGUUCGGAAAAUUUCAACUUUGACGAUGCAAUCAUUCAAUACCGGAACUUGUCGCUCGACCUGGCUAGGACCAUUUUGUGUCUCAUAUCGCAGUUGAACAGCGAAAACAGUCCCUCUUAUUACAACUGGGUCGUGAACUACGCCGUCUCGGCCUUUCUCAUCUUGGCGGCGUCGAUACUAAACCACCCUCACUCGUCUGAAGCUGGCAGCGAUAUCAAGUUAUUGAUUGAUUCCACAUCGGGCUUUUUCAGCAGCACGCUAGCAGAGGCAGUCACCUUUGACGGGCUCGACGAUUUGUCUAUUUCCCUCGUGAUUCACUUGAUGCUAAACAUCAUUGUCAAGGUGUAUCAAGACAACACCCAGCAAACAGUCCCCGGUUUCGAUCAGCAAUCUUCGGCAAAGAUCAAGCAGCGGUUCCCAAUCCUUUACCAAGACUUCCACUUGACCAAAAACAUCGUGGGCACUUCACCAUUCAACGUCAAUGAGGCGAUAGCAGUAAACAGACACUCGGCUCUGAACUCAACGGGUUCCAUUAGUCAAAAAAACAGCCCCUAUGCACAUUCGCCCAGAUAUAACCCCGCGGUCUCCAACAUCAUCACGGGCGUGGUUGACCACCCUCAAACACACCAGUCCGUGCCUUUACCUGCAAACAAGCCUUCCCCAUUCCCUAACCAAUCCUUUGUUAGCUCGCACCCUUCUUUACCCGUUGAAACCAAUACAAGCUAUGUACGAACGGGUCAAACUCCAAUGGGCCAAAGCCCAGGACCUUUAAGCGGGUUCGCAAACAACAGCUACGAUUUCUUUGCACAGGGAGCCGCUGCCAGUGAUGGUGGGUUACUGAGUGUGCUAAUGAGCCAAAUGAACAGUUUACCAAACUUUUUCUUUGACAAUAAUUUGGGAAUAUAA